AUGGGACGAGGGAGUCCUCACUCCAGGGGAACUGGCUGGUUGCUGCCGAACAACUGCUCAUUGUUUCUAGGCCACUCUGCAGUUCCCUCUUCUCUCCCAUACCUACGGCCAGAGCAGGGCAUAAAAGAUUCUUUCCAAAAAGUAAUACUGAGAAGAUAUGGAAAAUAUGGACAUGACAAUUUACAAUUAAGAAAAGGCUGUGAAAGUGUAGAUGAGUGUAAGAUGCACCAAUGGGGUUAUGAUCAACUUAACCAACGUUUGACAACCACCCCGAGCACAAUAUUUCAGUGUGAUAAAUAUGUGAAAGUCUUUCAUAAAUUUUCAAGGUCAAAUAGCCAUAAGAUAAGACAUACUGGAAAUAAUUCUUUCAAAUGUAAAGAAUGUGGCAAAUUAUUUAGCAUGCUUUCACACCUAACUCAACACGAAAGACAUCAUACUAGUGUGAAUUGUUACAAAUGUGAAGAAUGUGGCAAAGCCUGCAAUUGGUCCUCAGCCCCUACUCGACAUAAGAGAAUUCAUACCAGAGAGAAACCCUACAAAUGUGAAGAAUGUGGCAACGCCUUUACUGUGUCCUCAAGCCUUAUUCAGCAUAAGAGAAUUCAUACUGGAGAAAAACCCUACAAAUGUAAAGAAUGUGGCAAAGCCUUUAAGCAGUCCUCACACUUUGCUACACAUAAGAGAGUUCAUACUGGAGAGAAACCCUACAACUGUGAAGAAUGUGGCAAAGCCUUCAGCCAGUCCUCACACCUCAUUAGACAUAAGGUAAUUCACACUGGAGAGAAAACCUACAAAUGUGAAGAAUGUGACAAAGCUUUUAACCUCUCUGGACACCUUACUAUACAUAAGAGAAUUCAUACUGGAGAGAAACCCUACAAAUGUGAAGAAUGUGGCAAAGCCAUUAACCAGUCCUCAGCUCUUAAUACACAUAAGAUAAUUCAUACUGGAGAAAGACCUUACAAAUGUAAACAAUGUGGAAAGGAUUUAACCAACCCUCAACCCUUACUAAACAUGAUAAUUCAUACUAAAAGGAAACCCUACAAAUAUGAAGAAUGUGGCAAAGCUUUUAACUAG